UAACAUUUAAGAACAGUACCACGAGAACUUCAAAAACAGAUUUCAGCGGGGAGAGCUCGCAUGAUUAACGAUGAACCUGGAUGAGGACAGUGUCCUGUCAGUCAGCUGCGGCAAUGGCAAACUGAGACAGUGGCUGAUUGAUCAGAUCGACAGCGGAAUAUAUCCCGGCCUGGUUUGGGAAAACGAUGACAAAAGCAUCUUUAGGAUUCCGUGGAAACAUGCAGGGAAACAAGACUAUAACAGAGAUGAGGAUGCUGCGCUCUUCAAGGCAUGGGCAUUGUUUAAGGGCAAACAUAAGGAAGGAGUCGACAAGCCAGAUCCUCCCACAUGGAAAACAAGACUACGCUGUGCUCUUAAUAAAAGCAAUGACUUUGAUGAGUUAGUGGAAAGAAGCCAACUGGACAUCUCAGACCCCUAUAAAGUCUACAGAAUCAUUCCAGAGGCAGCCAAAAGAGGAUUGAAGACGAGUAUGGAGGAGACGCCGUCACAUGUAAAUGCACUUGGUUAUCUUCCUCCUUAUACGUCUCUGCACAACCAGGUAUCUGGCUACAUGGUUUCUCAGGAGAGAAGGGACUGGAGGGAUUACUCAUCCCCAGAACAGCAACCUCUUCCUCCUUCACAUCAUCACGGCCCACAUGCAGAGCUGCAGUAUGGCCAGUGCCACUACCCAUCAGCGUUCAGCCGGGCUUGGCCGGGGUCACACGCAGAAAAUGGUUUUCAGCUCUCCUUCCACACCUACUUUCCAGAGUCCCAACCGCCCGUGUAUUCAACCGAUCAAAACAAUGCCAUAACGGAUUUCAGCCUGCAUGUGUCCCUAUACUACAGAGAGUCCCUAGUGAAGGAGGUUACCACCACCAGCCAAGAAGGUUGUCGCAUCACCUCUCCUUCCCCAGCCUCUCCAUCCUCUUCCUCCUCUUCUUCCCCAUGCCCAGAGGACAAGCAUCACAGCGGGGCAGAAAUCAUCCUUUUUCCAUUCCCAUACCCUGAGUCUCAGAGACAGGGUGCUGACAUGCUUCCUAAUGUACUGGAGAAGGGGGUGCUUCUGUGGAUGGCGCAUGAUGGGUUAUACGCUAAGCGCCUCUGCCAAGGACGUGUGUACUGGGAAGGACCGCUGGCUCCAUAUAUGGAUAAACCCAACAAGCUGGAGAAGGAGCAGCCAUGCAAACUGUUCGACACCCAGCAAUUCCUUAUUGAGCUUCAAGACUUUGCCCAUAAUGGCCGACAUAUACCGAGACACCAGGUGGUGUUAUGUUUUGGAGACGAGUACCCUGACCCACAACGCCAAAGGAAGAUGAUCACGGCACAGGUGGAGCCAGUGUUUGCCAGAAAACUGGUGUACUAUUACCAGCAGAACAAUAGCUCCUACCUGCGGGCUUAUGAUCACAUCCAGGAACAGAACACACCUCCAUCAAUCGACUAUCCUUCCCAGAGACCUCUACAGCAUAUUCAGGAGUAACACACACACACACACACACACACACACACACACACACACACACACACGCUUGGAGAAGGGGAAUGCGUGUGAAUGCAAACUGUUGACCGGUUCUCACGCCUUGGGACUGCAGUGCUGUGUACUGUAAAUGAUAGUAGAAGCUGUCAUUGUACUGAGGUGUAGAGAUGGGGAAGACCCUGUUGUCUUCACUUGCACACCUAUGCGUAGUCUUUGU